UGUCUUUGUUAUACUAAGCAACAUGAAUUUAUCAUCCAGAAAAUCAAAUACACUGAUAAACACCAAAUAAAAGAUCAAUUAUCCACACGAGCACAGUGCAAACUUAAUAAAAACUUGACUUCCUAAACUCUUUUGACAGCUCAAACAAUCCCAGCCUAGUUGGUAAGUAGAGGCAACAAUGGAAGGUGACAAUGAAUGGGAACAAGUUCAAUGCCCAACAAAUCAAUUAAGAGAAUGGGAAAUGGUUGCUCUUGGAGACAACAAGAACAAUCUUCUGGCUGACCCCUGUAUCUUCCCUCCAAGCAACCAUGAAGGCCUUCAAAUCCCACAACCACCACCGGAGUCACAAACUAUUCCUGGCCAACCAUGUUCAAGUGCUGUAUGUAAUGUGAAAGCUGAGAAAAUAGCCGGGUCUGACUCCAUGGGGCCACAAGUGGAGCGCAAUAGAAUUGGGAAGCUUUUGAGUUCCGGGGGAUUUUGGAUAGCAAGCAGAGUUCAUUAUUAUGUGAUUUACAGAGGUGGGUUUCGCUCAAUUGCCUCGCUUACUGUAUUGGUAGCAGCAGUUUCGCUAUUCUCCAGGUUCCGAAGGUGGAGUAAAUGGAUCCAGGAAGAGAGAAAGAAUCAUCUCAUCCUUCGUCUCAAAGAGAAAGACCAGACUAUUAGCCAGCUCUCGCUCCAAAUUGCACAAAUGAAAGAAAUGUUAUUGUCGCGUCGCAAGGUUGCAGUCAUCCGAGUUGGUUGACUGAUCGAUCUUACAUGAAAGCUGACUGUACGUAGUUCAGGAAUUCUCCACAGCUGCUUAAAAAAUUAUAUGAAGAGGAGAAACGAGUACUGAUACAUGUGCGUGCGUGCUGCUAGAAUCAUGAAUAUUGAUUUGCUGAGUGGACUAGUUUCAAUCAGUUCCUUCAGUUGGAUAUAAGCAACUAUGUACUGUCCAAGCUUGUUUCAUCGAUCAGUUUUAGUUACCUGGGCUCUUAUCAUCAGCAAACAGUUUCAAAUUUCAAGAAUGGAAGAGUGCUUAUAGGUCUAAUAUGUUUUAUGAUCACUUGUUCAAAUUUGUUUUAUCCAA